CCCGCUCUCCACGCCAGCACAAAAGCUUCCUUGCUUCAGAUUGUUUGUUUAUGUAAAUUAAAAUGGUGCAUUUAAUUAUGCAACGGGCAGAGCCUCAGCAACAAGUGAGGUGCUGAUUGGAUUGCCCCGUGCCCCGAGCCCGCUGGCCAGCCCUGGGCACCUCUGACGGUGUGACCACGGACCCUGCUCUGCAGCAGCACCCGUGGGAGAGGAGACGCUUGUUGGUCAUUUGCGUGGGGGAACAAAAUCCCCGGGGGAGAAGGGGUGAGGAGAAGCGCUCCCCACCCCGGGGUGCAGGAGCGGGGCCCGGAGGUGCACGGCCCCAGUCAGCAGGCACGGCACGGCCCUAAGCAUGACAGAAGAAGUCCCAGCAGCAUCCAGCAUGCCUGAGUGCAACGGGAGCGUACCCCCGGAGAAGGGCCCACUCCAGGUCAUCGGUGUCAUCGAUGAAAUAGCAAAAUCCGUCGGGAUGGUUCAUUACGUCAACGCAGAAAUGAGCCCUGAUGCUCUGCCUGUGAAAGAAACUCAGGAGGAAAACAGAAAUUCAGUGGCAGAGGACAUAGUUCGUGGGGAUUUUGAUGGAGAGAAGCAAAGCAAAGAAAAGCAAGAGGAAAACGAUGGGACACUACAGCAGGGGUCAGCUGAUAUCCAGGACAUGGGGACUGACAGCCAGGAAUCAGAGGAAGGGCCGGGCAGCGAGGGGCUGCCUGCGGGCAGCGGGGGGACAGAGCUGGGGACAGCGGCCAGCCCUGGCGGGGAGGCGGCAGAGACCCCUGCAGCCAGCACCGACAGAGGGAAUGCAGCCGAGGAGGAGGAGGAGGAGGAGGAGGAGGAGGAGAAGGUGGUGGAGGAGGAGGACACUGAAGAGGAUGAAGUUCAGGUGAUUGAAAUCAAGAAGGAGAACAGCGAAGCGUCCUGUCUAAAACAGCAGGACAGCAGCAAAGAGGCAUCUCCUCCGACCAGCCCCGGCUGCAACUCCCAGGUGGAGAAACCAGGGGAGCAGCCCAGCUUGGGGAAAAAAAAUGAUAUCUCCAGACACAGCUAUUCCAGAUACAACACAAUCUCCUACCGGAGGAUUAGAAAAGGAAACACCAAACAGCGAAUUGAUGAAUUUGAAUCCAUGAUGCACUUAUGAACCAAGGUGGAGAAUUGCUUAACAAGCCGAGCGUUUGCUCUGGUUUCAUUUUUCGUUUUUGUUUCCCCCAAGACAUGUCUCUUCACACAACAUGAGGUCACUGCUUUUUUUCUUUUUGUAUAUGAUUUCAUAAUACACUGUGAAAAUGUAACAUCUUUGCUUUGACAGCAGGCAGAGGCAUCCAUAGUGCAGGAAAAUAAAUAAUCAGUUUGCUAAAUACAAUACCAUUUGA